AUGACCAGCCACGAAAACUACCUUUCCAUCGACCCACAUCCCAUCGAGCAAGCCCUCAUCUUAAAAUUUUUGCAACCCAGCCAGAGUAACGGGAAUGUACGCCAAAAAUUGGUCACUUUUCGCGAGCUGACGGAUGCCGUGGAUCUAAAAGAACUAGCCAACGAAGUACAGGCACAAUGUCCAGAAAUCCCGGAUGGGAUGCGACCGGAAUUGGAACAUUCAUUGCGAUAUCUGCAAAAACGAAAGAAUGCUUUGAGAACGAGAGACAAUUCUGUAUCUCAAGACUCUCGACCGAUGACGGCUAGCACAGCAAGCAUGGAUAAGGUUGAGGAAUAUAUGGAACUUUUUUAUGAAGAAAUAAAUGAUAAAACUCGUGGCGCGGCAAGCAUUUUGGAGCUGGCAGCUUGUCCUGCUAAUUUGCAAGAUUUGGUUGCAAAUGAAUCCCUUAUCGGGGCACUUGUUCGAAUAUUCCGUGAAGAUUGGAAGAAAAGCUUUGAGUUAGCCACGAAUAUUGUUCGCAUCUUCGUCCACAUUUCCUAUUAUGAGAAUUUUCAUGAGCAGAUUACACAACACAAGAUGGGCGCUCUUUGUAUGACGGCUAUCGAGCAUGAGCUAAAGCGAGGGGAGCUUUGGGCAGUGGAGAUCAAUCGGGACGAGCAAACAGCCAAGAAAUAUAGGCUUGCCCUGAAGAAGCAACAGAUUUUGAUCGCAGCUUGUGUUGCCUUACUGAAUAACCUUUCGAAUGAUAUUGCCGUACAACAAAAAAUGAUCAAAAGGGACAUUUUGCCGCUUCUUAUCAAAAGCCUGGAUUUGAAAGAGACCCCACAAUUACAAUUAGCGACAACCCAAUUUUUGCUGAAAUUAAGUAUUUUCUCGGAAAAUAAAACAGCAUUGGAGCAAGAUGCGGUUAUGGACAAAUUGAUUGGUUUGGUGACACUAAGUGAUGAAGAAGUCAGGAAACAGGCUAUUCGUAUCUUAUUCAACCUUUCCUUCGACGAGAAAAAUCGGUUGAGGAUGGUUCAAGCUGGUCUGGUGACACAUAUAUCACCACUGAUACAAAAAAGCUACGCAUUGAACCUACUCUAUCAGUUGACAAUUAAUGACGACGCAAAGGCUAUGGUGACGUAUACAGAUGCUAUACAACUCCUGAUGUCGGAUCUCCUUUCCGGUCAAGCAUCGGACGUGGCGAAAGCUGUAUUAAUUAAUGCGUGCAUCGAAAAACGUAAUGCCCAACUGGUAUGCGGGCCUCGAGGCGAAGGGUUGGAUUUAUUGCUGGAGCAGGCACAGGAAAGUCGAGAUCUUCUCGUUCUAAAAAUCGUUCGCAACAUCUCCUCUCACUCCGGUCCAACACAAGAACACUUUUUGAAAUGGCUGCCACAAUUAAUCGAAGUCAUGAAAGAGGAUGCUCUUUCCCCAGCUGAAGAAAAAUCGGCAUAUGCAUUAGAAGCUGUCGGGGUCAUUGCUACAAAUGUGUCUGCAGAUUGGGCAAGUCUAUGCCAAACCCACCAACUCGUUCCCUGGAUGAGCAAGGUAUUAUUGGAGCAGAAAAAGGAGCGAGAACCUCUACAACUUCAGUUGGUAAUACUUUGCGGCUCAAUGGCGACCCAAAUAGCAGCUGCUCGAUUAUUAGUGCCGUUGCUGGAAACGUUUCUGAAAUUGUUACAUUUAAUGCAAGAAGACGAUGAGCUCGUUGUGCAGCUGCUGUAUUUAUUUUUGCAAUUAAUCAGGCAUAAAGAGCUUUCCGAACGGUUGAUGGGUCGACAAUCGGUACUUGGUGAUUAUGUCAUCGAUUUGAUGCACGAUAAAAAUGAGGCUAUCCGGGAAAUGUGCGAGACGGCGCUUGUUAUCAUUGGGGAACAUAGUAUCGAAUGGGCACGCCGCAUCGCUACUCAACGCUUCCGCUGGCAUAAUGCUCAAUGGCUAGAAACGGUCGAAACUAACGGUGUCGAAAACUUAUUAGACGACCAUCUGGAAGAAGAAGAAGAAUGGAAGCGACAGGUGAUUUUCGACGAUCAUCUAAUCGAUGAUGACGAAGAGGAACGAUUGUUU